AUGCACAUCUCACAGAAACUCGCUCAGGCGAAGCGCGAGGGGAAGCCGACCUUCUCCUUCGAAUUCUUCCCCCCCAAGACAGCCCAGGGUGUUCAAAACCUCUAUGACCGCAUGGACCGCAUGCAUAGCUUCGGUCCCCAAUUCAUCGACCUCACCUGGGGCGCCGGCGGCCGCCACUCCAAGCUGACCUGCGAAAUGGUCAAGGUCGCCCAGUCCGUGUACGGCCUCGAAACCUGCAUGCACCUUACCUGUACCGAUAUGGAAAAGUCCAAGCUCGACGAUGCCCUCAAGGAGGCGUACCAGGCCGGCUGCACAAACAUCCUAGCUCUGAGGGGAGACCCGCCGCGUGAGAGGGAGAAGUGGGAGGCUACCGCUGGCGGCUUCCGCUAUGCAAAGGACCUUGUCGUCUACAUCAAGGAGAAAUACGGAAACCACUUCGACAUUGGCGUGGCCGGAUACUCGGAAGGCUGCGAUGACAACGACAAUGUCGACGAGCUCAUCGACCACCUCAAGGAAAAAGUUGACGCCGGAGCUACCUUCGUCGUAACGCAAAUGUUCUAUGACACGGACAUUUUCCUCGAGUGGGUCAGAAAGGUCCGCGCAAAAGGCAUCGACGUUCCCAUCAUUCCCGGCAUCAUGCCCAUCCACACCCAUGCCGCCUUUCUCCGGAGAGCGCAAUGGACAAGAUGUCACAUUCCCAAGCACUGGGAAGAGGCCCUCGAGCCCAUUAAGAACGACGACGUCGAAGUCCGAGAAGUUGGCAAAACCUUGGUGGCUGACAUGUGUCGGAGGCUCAUUGAAGCCGGUAUUACCCAUCUGCACUUCUACACGAUGAACCUCGCUCAAGCCACGCGCAUGGUUCUCGAAGAACUCGAGCUCCUGCCAGACGUUGAAUCGCCACUAGAGAAGCCCCUGCCUUGGCGACCCUCCCUGGCGCUCAACCGACGCGACGAGAACGUGCGCCCCAUCUUCUGGCGCAACCGCAACCGGUCUUACAUUGCACGCACUCAAGACUGGGACGAAUUCCCCAACGGCCGCUGGGGUGAUUCCCGCUCUCCUGCUUUCGGCGAGUUGGACUCGUAUGGUAUCGGUCUCAAGGGCACCAAUGAGCAGAACAUCAAGCUAUGGGGCACUCCACUCUCCAUCCGAGACCUUUCCAAUCUGUUUGUGCGCUACAUGGAGGGGAAAAUCGAGUCACUGCCCUGGAGUGAGCAGGCCAUUACCAUGGAAGCGUCGUCUAUUCAGAAGGAUCUCAUCGACCUGAACCGACGCGGUUUCCUGACCAUCAACUCCCAGCCUGCCGUCAACGGUAUCAAGUCAUCAGACCCUGUAUUUGGCUGGGGCCCACGCAACGGUUAUGUCUACCAAAAGGCGUACCUUGAGGUCUUUGUCUCACCAGCGUACAUCGCUGAGGUCAUUACACGUCUCGAGCGCGACCCUGAGUUCACCUACUACGCCGUGAACAAGGACGGCGACCUCAAAACCAACGCUCCCAAUGAGGGUCCAAACGCUGUUACGUGGGGUGUGUUCCCGGGUAAGGAGAUUGUGCAACCCACGAUUGUCGAAACAGUCAGUUUCCUCGCCUGGAAGGAUGAGUUUUACCGGCUUGGCCAGCAAUGGGCAAACUGCCAUGCAGGUGUCAGCCCAUCACGCUAUGUCAUCCAGGAUGUUAUAGACACGUGGUACCUGCUCAACAUUGUGCACAACGAUUUCCACGCUACUCGUGGCAUCUUCCCCAUUUUCGAUGGCCUAGAGGUCAAGGACAUGGACAAGCCACUACACGUCCCAUCUGCUGACCUUCCUAACGCAAAUGGCGGUGAAACUAAUGGCACAAGUCACACUAACGGGACCAACGGUGAGCAGACUGUUCCUCGCAAAGAGGAGAAGCCAACUCUUAUCGAGACCGCCAAAGCAGCUGCGGUAGAAGUGACCAAUGGCAUGAGGGACAUUGUUGUCUCCAACUGA